AUGGGGGCAGUUGAAGUGGCCGGAGGGCGCAAGAGCGUCCCGGCUCUCGUGCGUCUGAUCCCGGGCUGGAUCAGCAUCGGCCUCGUUGCAUUGCAUUGGGUCGGUAAUUAUCCCGCCGCCCCUGGAAAUUACGGGGAUGCCCUCCCCUCCUUUGUCCCAGAUACCCCUCCGCUCUCUUUCUUCUUGGCUGGUUUCGCGUCGUUAGAGAAUCCCUGUUUAUCCGCGAUGGAAUCGGCUUGGAGGCGACGCGACGAUAGCGAGAGAGAGGUCUGGCCAAAAUCUCGGGGAUGCAUAUGGUCGGGGCCGAACUUGGCUGUGGGGCGGGAGGAUCCUCAUCAAUGGAUGCAGCAGCAGGGGAAGGCGGUGCAGGCGUAUAAUGGGCCUGGGCGAGCUGGGACCUACCACGGAGCCAGAGCGGUCGUAGGUCGAGGAUAUCCCUCGCCGUCUGGGAUUGGGUAUCCUUCACCGGGAGCGGGAGGAUAUCCCUCAGCAUCACCCGGUCACCCACAGCAUCACCCGUACUCCGCAGCCACUCUCAACCACUAUCGCUCCGCUUCGCCUCACAAUUACCCGCAAUCGCCGAGGCAUAGGAACAUGGUUCUCAGCGGGGCUGUGCAGGUGAAUUCCGAGCCCGAUGGUGACUCCGUGAGCAGCAGUUCCACGAAAAUGGACUUUAAAAAGAAGCGGUUGAAGCCAGGAGGGGUAUCAGGGAUUAAACCGCCGCAGGUGAAGAGGUCAUCCGAUGCCCCAGUCACCCUCAAGGGCUGGCUUUACAAGCAGGGCAGCGAUGGGCUCAUGCUGUGGAAGAAGCGCUGGUUCGUCCUCUCCGAGUUCUGCCUCUACUAUUACAAAGGUUCAGAAGAGGAGAAGCAAUUGGGCUCCAUUCUGCUGCCAUCCUACAAGAUCAGCCCCUGCUCAAGUGAUGACCGAGUCUUCCGCAAGUGGGCAUUCAAGAUUGAGCAUCAGAACAUGCGGACGUAUUUCUUUGCAGCAGAAAAUAAGGAUUCCAUGCUUCAAUGGAUGAAUGCUCUCAGUCUGGCCAGCAUCAUGCAUAAGGAUAACAGGGAGAAGCCCGGAGACGGGGACGGUGGUUUCGGAGCGCGGAGACCCCGAAGCAUGGACGGGAAGCAUUGGGCGGACGUCCAGCACCAGCCGAGGAUAUCAGACCCGCGCCUCAACGUCAGCUACGACAUGGACCCUCGAGCAUCCGGGAAAGAGAACCGUCAGCCGCUGUACGCCAAUGCCCCUCCCAAGCCCAAACGUCUCAACACCAGCCGGGACAACUCGUACUCUCCGGACCGGACGUCGUCGGACAAGGAGAUGGGGGAUUAUGGCGAGAUGCCCCAUCGUCAGCAUCCGCAGGACCAAGGUGGUUACAUGCCUCCGGUCACGAGACACCAGCAGUACUUGAAUCAUAACGGUGAACGACGGACUCCAGACGCCUACGCCCGGUCACGCGUUGGCCCAGAGUACGAAGAUGCAUAUCGCAAUGGCCAGCCAGUGCCGUACUACAACCAGAUGCAGCCGUAUCAUCGCCCUCACAGUGCUGAUUUCUUGGAGCAUCCAGUUAUGAGGACCAAGCCUGCCGGGGCGAACCGCACGGAUCCAUACGUCCGCCCCAAGUCUUCAGUGGAACAGUACAAUGCGAGUGAGUACUGGUCAGAGGAAAGUUAUGCCCAGGCGAUGCGAGGGCAGUCGGCCAUAUAUACCCCCCCCGGGAUGCAGACCGGGACGUACGUCCCACCCGUGCAGACAUCUCCAGUGAGAAGUGCCAAGCGUUCGUCUUUCAAACAGCUUCCUAAUGGCAUGUAUCCCGUGUCACCGCCGGUGAAUCAUCACUCGCCUCAGCCUCAAACCCCGCAGAUGAUGCCAGACCAGCAGAACUUCAUUCGCUCGGCUAGUGCACGUCUUCCUCGUUACAAGAUACCUAUUGAUGGUCACAUGAAUUCAACUUACCCUGAUGAUGGGUCGGGAUACAUCGACAGGAAAAAAAUGCAGCAGAGAGAGGAGUCAAUGAAGAGGCUGCUGGAGUGGAAGCAGCGAAUGCUGCAGUCUCCCCUGACGAGAAAGUCGUCCCCAAAACCAGACUCACCAAAGCCUCAUUCAGACAUGGAACGUUAUCGCAAGCAGGUCCUCCAAGAACUGGCCCAUCAUGAGGGACGGCGACCUGCAGGAUCCCAGCGAUCACCAGCUGAACAAUCAGCCUGGAGGCAUCGACACCCUAGUGCUGGACCACAGCCCAGGUCCUCUCGGGAACCCCAGUACAACAGCUACUCUUCUGAUGAUGAAGAUGUGAAUGGGUACAUGAGAAGAGCCUGGGGGGCAGGCCCAGGUUCACGGGGGAUGGGUGGGGGGGAUGUGGGACCCCGGGGUGGUGAGAAAUUUCAUAAACAUCUUCGCUGUUCCCCAGACUAUGUCAAUGUGAAUCAGUAUCCCCCCCAAUCACAGGGGAACUAUCCUCCUGAUAUGAUUAGACCAAGUCAGCCCAGUUUUGAAUACUGUUAUGAGACUCAGGUGCCUCUGAACAGUCACUCUAGACCAUAUUUCAAUGACGAAUUAUCCCUUGGGAAAUACUCUGACAGCGGAUACGAUACGAUGAGAGUGGACAGUCUGAGUCGAGAUGAGGCAUCCUGGUCUAGGGAUGAGGCUAUGUUGUCCUCACAACGCCAAAAGAACCUGACAAAAGAUGACUCCGAAUUGUGGAAAAAUACCAGCUCUGAAAAGUCCAAGUCUGCUCUGUCACCCCGGGAGACUCUGGAGAGGAUUCGUAAGAAGAAGGAAAGCCCUCCAAAGAACAUUGUGCAACAAAGAAUCCGUGUUUUUGAGCAGAGUCAUACUGCAGACUCUGGCUCUGAAGAACAGCUGAAAGCAACUGUUUCCAGGAGUCUAUCAAAGAGCGAACCUGAACUUCCACAAAUCACCAAGAAGCCAUCAUAUUCUGAAGACCUGCCUUCUUCCAAGAAGAAAUCAAGUGCAAUCAACAAUGCAGACGUUCGUCGAUCUCUCGAACUCUUGCAAAGGGAUGAAAUUACUGAAAAAGUAGCUUACAAAAAGCAAUCGAGUGCAUUCUCUCGUAGCACGCAAGACAUCUUGGAUGGACGUCGCAGCGCUCAAGACGUUAGGUCCUUUGCAUUUUCUGAUCACACCAGUGGUGCUGUAAGUGACACCGAGAUGCUGGAAUGUGACCGAGAUGCCCAGAGCGAAGACCGAUUUACCACGAAAUCUGAACCUUUUUCCUCUGGUAGUGGGUCUGUCUUGGCAGAUCUACGACGGAGUGCUGACCGUAAGAAGGAAAGAGAUUACCGAGAGAAAAAGCAAAAACCGGCAAUCCCCCCCAAGCCCAAGUUGAGUAGUUCAAAGGAAGACUUGGUGGAAGAAAAAUCAGAUUCCAGAGGGCGUAACGUGGAAGUUAUCAUGACGCCGGGCUAUCUCCGAUUGAGUAUGGUGGAAUCGAUGGAACAGUCCAUCCUCAAAGACAGUGACUCUGAGGAUGGUGAUCAUAAAGUGACACCACCAUUCCAGGGAUUUGACGGGAAUCCAACCAACACUCCCAAUCGAGAUCACGAAGUAUUCUCGAGAUUAAAACAUGGCCAUCCACACGAUCCUAAAGCUUGUCGGGAUUUUCCCGAUGAUUUGGUAGGUGAAGACACCUACCUCCCCAUGACUCCUCCUAGGAAACCGGUUCUUGCUCACACGAUCUCCACGUCCUCAGUGGAAAGUGCUCAGGGCCAGCAUUCACGCACUCCCUCGCAGACCAUUGUUAUGGAGUCCCUCUUUCAGAAAACAGAAUACGAAGAGAAUACGUAUGUGGACAUGACAGAGGACAUUAUCUCAUCCAAGUCUGUAUUCGAAUCUUCAACUGUGGAGAAGUCAGGGAUGAUUCGCCCUUCUCAUUUAUCUCCCUCUGCUCACUAUGAGUUAUUGUACAAGAGUUAUUCAGGAAAUUAUGAACCCAUUUAUAAUGAGAUCCCUUCCCCCUCAAAAUUAGCCCCUCAGCACACCCUGAAGCAUUCUGAUGAGCGAUGCAGCAGUGAAUCUCAAAAGAAGAAGUCUCCGAAAAAUGUUCCACCGGACAUCCUCUCAUCUGCAAAUCCAGAGUCCAACAGCUCUGCAUCUGAUGCUGAUGAUGAAGCAUCCAAAGAUCUUGACAGUCUGGGACCAGCGAAAUCUAAGACCAAGAGGUUCAGUCUUUCAGAUACGUUUCGACCUGCAUCAUACUACCUGGGCCGAAGCGCUGAGAACCUUUCGGACAAAGAUUCAUCUGAUUCCGACUUGGUGAGCCCUCCACCUAUUCCAAACAGUCCUCCUCCGAUGGAAGAACUGGAAAAUGACGGGUGCAGCAAGAUCAAUGUACCUGAUCCUCCAGGAAAGCUAAGAAAAACCCUUUCAGAUGCCCGAAUGGAUGUGGCUAAGCGAAAAAGUCUGGAGGAGUCUGAAAGGCAGACUGUCUUGAAUACCCUCGGGGCAUCCCAUCAUUCCCCAGAGAAUCAGGAUUCCCCACCGACAAGUCCAUUGGAAAAAGAACUCAAUUAUUCAUACUACCGUGUGUAUCAGGACGAGAAUCGAUAUGCUAAAUUCAAGACCGACUCCGACACCCACUCGCCCAGACAAGGGGCCUCUCGACAUGUGGCUCCGGAUGUCGUGGAACAAGCCGUCAGGGAGUCCUCAAAUCAUAAUUUCCAGCAGAAGGGCUCAGAUUCCAGCAGUGCUGGUUCUAUCCAUGAAUCCAACCACCAAAGAGGGAAUUCCAAUGCCAGUGAUUCCAGUGCUGGCAAGAGUGGUGCUCCGUAUUACUAUGCUGACCUACUGAGUCCAGAGCAGAUAGAGAUGCUCUCUCCGUCGGCCCAAGAGAAGAUCUUGAAAAGUCUCUCGUUGAGGGCAAGGAACCAACUCAACAACCACAGAGACUUUGAUGUAGGUGGAAAGAGGAACGACGUGGGGAAACGGGUAAACCAUCUCCGAGACUCCAAGGACUCGGCAACAGAUCUAAAGCGAACUGCUGUGGAGUAUUUUGGAGUGGCCAAGUGUGGAGAAGUGGACGAACGCAACAUGUACGAGUCUUCCUCACAGAUGUUGAACCAGAAGUUCCGCAAAACUCGUUCUUUGACCCCAGAUCCCAGUCUCUGCUUGAUGGCCAAGGACCAAGAAUGCGCAAGUAUGACCCGAAGGUCAAGGUCUGUCGAAAGACUCUUGGAAGAAACGAAUGGUGCUACAGGAAUCACCCCUGUCUCGAUGCCUCCAGACCUUGAAGAUCCAUGGGAAAAAGACCAGGUUUGGAGUGAAAACUUACGACGGGAAAGUCUUCGUCACACGCGGUCCCUAGAAGCCCUGGACGAAGAUAGACCCGAGAGGUCUCCCAUCGAUGGAAGGUAUUCCCCUUCUGAGGAAUCUCAUCGAAGCCGCAAACGACGCAGCAUCGACGGAGGUCGUCACGUGCGUCGGGACGUCCAGUACGUCAAUGACAUCCCAGACGAACUGAGACAAAAGCUGAUCCGUCGCCGGAAGGAGUACACGGACUAUCGGAUGCCGAAGGAUGAUCCAGCUAGUGUUGGGGACGAUGGGCAGUACGACCGCCUUUCGGAAUUCUCUCCCACGUUGGAACGGGCUCGACGUGGGGAGACCUACGUGGACGGCUAUUACUGGGAUGAGGCCCAGCAGCGGUUUCGAGUCAAGAAACGAGGGGAUCAUUUUUUAGGCGAUAGCCUCCCUCCCCCUCCCCCCGGUCAAGGGGGAGGGAGGCCUUCCGAGUCUCACCCCCAUCCCCACCCUCCCCCACCUCCGGCCAUGGUCGCUACGAUUUCCUGCGAGAAUGCCGUCCCGUCUUUCUACUAUACCGAAGCUCACGUUGAUCGCCUUCAGGGAAUACAAGUCCUGAGACUUCUAUCAAACCUGUCAGAAAAGUCUGAUAUCCCUCCUUGUGACCCCAAUCACCGAGCUCUCCCUUGUGUUGUCGUGGAGAAAUCGGAUGAUAGAAAGCUGGGGAAUUCACUGGAGGGGAUGGGUGGGCAGUGUUGCCCAAUCGGCUGUGGUUGUGGAGGAGGAGGGAGGGCCGCGGCCCUGGCCAAAUCCAAUCAUCGAUCUAAUACCACAGACUCGAUAGCAGCGAUGACCCGAGAAAACCUCGUGGUUAAGGCAGCCCAGCAGAAUCAUCACGCCCAGUUCGCAGAGCAGCCUUCUAGGUCUCCGAAGAAGAGCCCACUGAGAGGAGUAGAAUCAGGAAGCGAAACGGGUUCUACACCACCACCCCCUGCCCCUGCCCCAGCCCCCGUACCUCCUGCCCCUUCCACUAGUAGCGGGGAUCUGUCUUCAAAGAGUCACGAGGAGCUGGUUCUCCUCCUCAUCCAAUUACGAAGGCAGAGUUCUGGUAUCCUCAAGUCCAUCGAGGGCUGCCAGAAGGAGCUGGACGCCCAGAAGAGGAUCAUCGACAUGGAGGCCUCCUCUCCAUCUAGGGAUGGUCAUCUGGUCCGGCAUCGCAAGUUGGCCGAUCAGCUCAAUGAACUCCAAACUCAGUAUGAGAUACAGAGGCCACUGAUUCACCUGGUGGACAACAUGGUGAAGCUGGGCUCCAUAUACGGGGAAGGAGGCCAAGGGGGACGUAUGCGGGCCCCCGAGGAGAUCCAGGAGAAGCUGGACUUCAACCAUUGGAUCCAGGAGAGACGCAUGGUGGCCCAGGAUCGCAAGCAAUGGGAGAAGGAAUCCCCUGAUCAACAGGAGCUCGAGGCCAAGAUUGAGCAAUUGUAUCACUUGGAAGUCAUCCUCCGAAGGGAAGCUAAGGUACUCCAGACUCUUCAGAAGGACAAGGAGCUGUUGGAAGGAGCUCUGCAGAGUGUGAGAUUGAAGUUGCAGCAGUUGGGCAACUCUAAUCCACAAGAGAUGGAAAAGCUACAGAGACAGCAGCAGCAGCUGGAACGGGAACUGGGCCAUGUCCGCUCUCAGCUUCUUCAGAGCUCCAAGAAACUGGAGGAAGCAGAGACUGAGAACAGUCGAUUGGAACAUGAAUUGAUGGUCCUUAGACAAAAGGUCCUUCUGGCACUCAAACAUGCUACUAGUCUACAAGCUCACAACCUCGCCACUCAGCAGCUUGAGUCUGAGCUCAUGAGGGUUCAGCAAUUGACAAGGGACCUGCAAAGAAGGCGAAUGGAGCUGAGCAAGCAGGUGCAACAGUUAACUGAACGAUGUGAGACUUCAGGGUCAACUCUACCAAAGCCUACAGCACAGGUGAGGCCCAGUCCUUCUGGUGUGGCUGGAGCUGCUCCGAUCCCAGCUCGCCGCAAGCACUCAGAUGUGUGGCUCGAGACAGAUUUGGACUCUGCUGUGAGCAUGGACCGAGGAGUUGAUCGUUUGACUUCUGAAAUCCCUCCUCAUCUCUAUGUCAACACAUCCAGCUAUGACGAUUCUUUCUGGUACAUGAGCAGGGAAGACCCAUAUGGAGAGAAGCAAGGCAUAGCAUGGGAAGACCAAAUGGACCAUACAUAUCAGAAAGCAACGUAUCAUCAACCGGUGUAUCAAACAUACCAACCUCCCCCUCCACCACCUCCACCCCCACCAACAUCAUCUGUGGCUCACAUUGCUUUGGGAGAUGGGAGCCACAUGUUCAUGGACAUCAGUGAGGCUGAUGAUCGCAUGAAGAGGUUCUAUGGGAUCCUACCAAAGGAGAAGUCCCUGGAGAUCAAGACAGUGAGGACAGUGAAGCGAGAAGCACAGCAGCGCCAGAAACGACGACCAUCUAUGGAAUCUGGUCCAGGCAUCCCAGGUCGUCCAUCUGAUGAGGAGCCUGAUGAAGAGGAUCCCGACCCUGCGACUGUGAUAGAGAACGACCCAGUCUUGUCCCAGUUCCAACGUUCCAUGUCACUACCUCGCAGCUAUGGACUCCGCAAGUACCCCAACUGGAAGGAGCCAAUGAAUUCAUCCCAUAUAAAUCAUCCAGCUGUGCGCCAGCAGCAGGCAGUCCUGCUGCGGCGAAGUGCUGCCAACCUAAGGAACCUGGAGGUCCCACCUUUCCCUUCUUUCCUCUGCCCCUUCCCAAACUCCCAGGACUAUGAGGAUUCUGUAGAUGCAGCAUUCAUUGGCAGCAGCAGCCCUAGUGUAUCUCCACCCAGCCCCAAGUACCGCAGCGAGACAGCCCAAGCCAUCAUCCAGGAAAUGCAUCUAUAUCGGCGGAAGAUUCCUCGAGAAAAGCGCAAGCACAUCACCGUUUCCAGCAGCCGCCCUGUGACCUUGGAAACAGUGCGCAAAUCAGCGACAUGGAGAGGGGCAAGGGAUGACCUGGAGUUGAGUGGGGGUCAGCUGGGUCAGAACCUGGGCCACACACCAGCUGCACACCGUCACAGCACUCCUGAUGUGGUUAAGUCAACCAUGCCCCAUCGGAAAGAGGUCAAGUACAAUGAAGAGACCAUCGACACCAUCCUUGGCACCCCACAAAAGAUCCUCAUCCCAGAGCGAUAUGUCCCUGAGGAUGCAGUGCUGAGCAAGGAGGAGCAGGCAGAACGGAGCCGGAAAGCAGAGGCCAUCAAGAAGAUGUUGUUGAGUGAAAGUGCUCUGGCGAGCUCUGAGGAUGGGCUUGGUGGGGAUCCCAAUGAGGAUUCCCCAUCACUCAUGAAACAGAAAGUUGCCCUGGAGAGGAGGCAAAGGGAACAGCUCCUCUCUCUGAGUCAAACCUUGGCCCGUGAAGCCUCAGCCCGCACUCGACGUGUUGCUGUGCAAGCACUGCAAGAGCUGCCGGCAGCCCAUGGUGAAGGAGGGCCAAGUACAAGUGAAGAAUCUUCAUCACCCACCCCUGAUCUCCCACUGGUGCAGCAGAGGGAGAACUUGCUCACCUAAAGAUGAAAACUUGCACAUGGUCCACCAAGAUAGAUUUAGAAGAAUAUUUGUUGCCCUUCCCAACCUCCUAAUGGUGCAGCUCGAGGGAAAGUUUUCUCACCUGAAACUGAAGACUUCUCUCCUGACAUUCAGAUUGCCAAAGAAACCCCAUUGUUGUUGCAGCUGAGCUUUGUCACGACCAUGAUCUCCCGAUACAGCUGGAGGGACAAUGACAUUUGAUUGGCCGAUCAAGCAAUAAGAUACUUGCAGGGGUUUCUGUUAUAUCUUGUUCUGUCUUUGUGACCCCCCCCCCCCCCCUUUUCCCAUGAGACUUAAUGUGUUCCAUGAGUUGAGAGAGUACUGUAUGUUAGGGUUCUAGAGAUUUUUCCACAUGUUUUUUACAGUGAUCAUGGAGAGAAUUUGAUUAUUAGUAAAGUUGAAAUUGUUGAUGCAUCUCACCAUUAA